UCAAGUGUGAGAGGAAACUUAUGAGUGGGACUGGGAGAAACUAGAAGCAAAGGAGCAGAAAUGCGAAUAUGCAGUGAAUGGGUGAAAAAAGUUACAGAAAGGGAAGUGAAAGCAGAAAAAGUGACUGCUGUGAGUUACAGGGGGAAGAAGUUAAAGAAAAAAAAAGCAAAUGAGGGAGGACAGAAUAUGAGAAAGUAAACGGAGGGGGGUGCAAAGGAAAACAGUAGGGGGGUGGAAUAAGAGAGAGGAAAUCAGAUAGAGGAUCAAGGAAAUCAAAUGCAGCCACAGAAAUAACUAAAAAAAAUGGACAGACUGAACGUGAAAGUACCUACAGAGGAGAACAGAACAUCAUUGGUGAAAGGAGGAGGGAGGGAGUGAUAGGCAGCAAAAAAAAGGCUGUUGGAAGAAAAAAAGAACAGAGAGGCUGUAAAGGCAAACUGAGAAGCAGAGAGCAAGAGGCGGAGAGGGGAGGGGGUGCUGUGCUUUAGCAAACCCCCUUACAGGUCCCCCAGUGUGUGCAGAGAGAAAGCAGGCAGAGGACGAGAGAGCAUGGAGUGCAGGAGGGAACCUGAGAGAGCUGCAUGAAAGUGUGUAAUCAAGUGAGCGGCAGAGUACAGCACGAGACAGCUGCACAGGCGAUCUGCAUAGAAAUGUGACUGCACAUCCGCAGCGAGACAUGACCCCACAGUCAGUAGAGGACUGUCUGCAAAGCACUCUGUCCUCCCUGUAUCCUCCAUUCGAAGUGACAGCCCCUACACUUCUGACUCAGGUGUUCUCAGUUCUGGAGAGAACGUACCGUGAGGAUCCUCUGAGGUAUACAUUGGAAUUCCUUAUCCCAGCCAAGAGAAUUCUGCAGAGUGUACAGCAUCAGGCUUGUUCUCAAUACAGUGGGUUCCUCUUUUUUCAUGAGGGUUGGCCGCUCUGUCUUGGUGAGAAGAUCCUUAUCCAGCUCUCCUCCCUUCCCUGGCACUUCCUAAAACCUGGGGACUUCUAUUUGCAGGUAGUUCCAUAUCUGGAGUGUUCCCCCCGACUGGUGCUUAAGUGUCUUUCUCAGGAUGGAAGUGGGGUGCAAGAAAUUGUGGUUCCCGAAACCUCUCAUUCAUUCUUGUUCACUGCAGAAUGGCUCAAUAGUAUCAAUAAAGACCGCAGCUCAAUACGGCUAGAAAAUUGUCUUGCAGCAGUUGAGGAAAAAUUCAUUCGAUUGGCCUGGUCUGAGAUUAUAUAUCCACGUUUCAUCCAUAAAGAUGGAUUUAUAGUUGGCAGGAGAUGUCCACCUUGUCCCCUCAUGCCUCCGCUGGAGAGUCGGAGCCCUGGAGAUGGAGGCAUAGCCAGUGGAGAACUGGUGGAGCCCAAAAUCAAUGUUCAACUCUUGUUGCCAAAUGAUCAAGGAGACAUACAGGUUUGGCAAGGAGGCGCUAUCUCACCCAUAGUAGGUUCAUUUUCUACCCCUUAUGAUAGCCUAGAAGGGGAAUACGUGGAGCUGAGUCCACCACGGAAAUGUGCUGGGGGAAACACAGACGUUUACAAGGAUACAUGGGUAUGUAGAGCAAAAACAGCUCCAAGUAGAAAAGGUAAAAAAAAGGGACACCAGGCUUGGCUUCACCAAAAAAGACCUGCAAAAGUAGGGUCGCUGAGCACUUUGAAAGGGAGGGAACUGGAAACCUGGGAGGAAAGAUCUUGUACUGGGGCAGCAAAUGACCAGUGUAGGUCCAAAGGAGAGGAGACAAAUUAUUGGGAUAUUGAUACUACAAAUUCUUCCACUGAGAAUAAUGUUCUCAUAGAAUGGAGGAAAGGACUUGAUAUACUUCAGAGAUACAGUGAGAAUGAUGUAUCCAAUGAUGUUUGGGUGUUACCUGAAAGGCAGGCAUGGGUUUCCAAAGAGGAACAGAAGGAGGAGAACUGGGAAUUUGAUGGCUCUUUGCUCAAAGACAGUGUUCAGGAAGAUGAGAGUUUAUCAAGUAGGCUUGAAGGAUGCUUUAUCAAUGUAAGUAUUGCAUCAGAAAAAGAAAAUGUGUUUAUUGAUAAAAUAGAAGAAGAAAGUAAAAGAGAGCUUUCUGGUGAUGAUCCAUACAAUCCAACAAGACCGAGUCAAACUGAUCCUAUCUAUGUUAAUCAAAGAGACUUAGUAAGUGACAGCAAUGAGGGCUAUGAAGUAGACAGUACCAAACAGAUCUUGACAGAAAAUAGAGGUGAUACAGUUUUGGAGACUUCUCAUUCUCGGGAGGCUUCAGUGACCAGGAGAGACAGAUCAUGGGCUGAUGGUCAAGAGACUGAAAAGGUACAAGAAAGCAUUGAAGAUCUCACUACGGACAACAAUAAUACAUUAGGUGAUGGGAUAAGCAUUCGCUCAGAUAAAGAAAAGCCUCCUACCUGGAGUCAGAUUACUGAGACACCCCAGAGGACAGGGAGAGGGAGACGGAAAAAGAGAAAUAAGAGAGGCAGAGGACCUUUAAGGGCUGAGGCAAGGAAAAUAGUCCUUAAAACAGAACAGGCUAAAAAUGAAACAGAACAGGCUAAAAAUGAUAUCCAACCGGAGGAGCCACACUCUAUCAUGAAAUCUAAAGAGGAAGAGGAAGAAAAAAGAGACUGGAAUGAAAAGAUUGAAAACUCAAAACUGGAUUUAGAAAAUUCUCCUUCAACUACUCCCACUAACCAAUCAGAUGAGCCAUCCAUUCUGAAAAUAAACACAGAACCAGAUGAGACAUUCGCCCAGAGUGCUUUGUUGCAGGGGUCAGCCAUUGCUGAUAUGAAAUGCUUGAUUGGAGAUGUUAACUGGGAUUUACUGGAAUCAGGUCUAUUUUCUUUAACAGGAGGCCAAGACAAAGAUAAGAGAGCCCUGCUGCUUAUAAGUCCAGAGAAAGUAUCAGCAGCACCUUGCCAAAGUGACUUUAAGACACUUCUCUUGUAUCUACACUCCCUUCUCAGGCCUGAGCUGCGGGAACUAGGCAUGACCCUCAUCAUGGAUAUAAGAAACUGCAGCCAGCACCAAGAGUGUUACAUGCAGCUACUAAAGGACAAUCAGGAUUCGCUAAAACAUUGUUUACACUGCAUUCUAUUUCUCUGUAAUUCGGAGAAUGCUGGUGCUGUCCCACAAGACCUUCUCUAUGCACAGGUGUUGGUUGUGUUAGAGUCAGAGUUACCCCAGUUUGUUGAGACUGAAGAACUCCCGGAGAAUCUUGGGGGAAACAAGCCAUAUGUACACCAUGAAUGUGUGAGAGGCCAGCGGUCUCUGGGUAGUCUGUUUGCUUUAUGCUCUGAUGUGCUGCACUCUCUGGAAGAGGUCACUAAAGAUCUGGAUACGGAGAGCACACAGGAUAUACAGGGGUUAAUCUCCCACCACCGAGAUGCCAUGAAGAGAACGCUGAAUGACGAGAGACUGCAGCGGCUGCAAAGGGACGGUGGCACACUUGUAGCUAGACUGCAAAAGUCUUCUUACCUCAGAUUGUAUGACCCAGCUACGUUCGAGCUGUAUGAGAAGGUAGAUGAAGCUUUGCAUCAACUUGUGCAGCUGUCUAACCAGAAACUUCAAGAGCUAGAGGCAAAGCUGCCGCCACAUGCAGACUGGAUUCUAGGGGAUCCUCUGGCUCUGCAAGACAAAUCAAGGCAUAGAGAUCUAGGAGGGGAGAAUCAUGGGAUCCCACCAGUGGAGACACGAUCACCAGAGGAAGAUCGUGUUCAGGUGUCAGAGGUCGAGGAUAGAAAGACAGAGGUCGGAGUUCGGAUUCGGGGUCUAGAAGUUAGCAGUCGAGAGCUAGCAGAUCGGACCUGUAGUCCCCCGCGGGGUCAUGUUUUGAGCAGAGGUGAUGGGAGAGGACCAGAUGCACCUUGGGGAGGGAUUCCUAGACCUGAAGGAAAGAGGUCCCCGCAGCGUAUGCUUCUAGACCUUCUGUGUUCUGAGCGGAGUUAUAUCCAGUCACUUAGACGAUCCCUAGAGGUCAGAGGGUCAUGUCCCGCGGGCCUGGCACUGAGAGGCAGCUUGGAACAGCUCUUAAAUUUCCACACUCAUUUCCUGCGAGACCUGCAGACCUGUGUGUCUCACCCUCUGACUGUUUCAUACUGUUUCCUGCAACAUGCAGAUCAGCUGCGCUUAUAUUCUCUGUAUGUGAAAAACAGGCAAAAGGUAGAACUGUUCCUCCCAGCUCCCAGUGGAAGUCUAAAAGGUAGACGUAGGGACCAGAAGGAAGAGGAGGAAUCCUGGGGAAUCUUACAUAGACCACUGGAGCAAUUAGAUCAGUACCAGCGCUUCCUUGGUGACAUGAUUCAAGAGUGUGACCAGGAGUCUGAGCAGGAACGCCAAUCUCUACAGGCUGCCUCUGAGUUGGUCAUCUCUCUAGUGCCUCAUGGGAAAAAUCUACUGGCUGCAGAAGCUAUAAGAGGGUUUGAGGUUGACGAGAAAGAACAUGGCCGUCUUCUGAUCAAAGACACCUUCACUGUCUGCUCCGGAAGAAAGAAGUCUCUGCGACAUGUAUUCCUCUUUCAGAAACUUUUGCUACUCAGCAAGCUUAAGACAGCAGAGGGAGGUCUUGAGACAUAUGGCUACAAACAAUCAUUCAAGACAGCUGACAUGGGUCUUACAGACAGUGUAUCAGAAGGAGACACAAGAUUUGAGCUCUGGUUUCGCCGUCCAAAAUCCAGGGAGACAUUGGUCUUACAAGCAGAGAACCCUGGAGUGAAAGAAAUCUGGGUAAAUGAGAUCACCAAACUGCUUUGGGACCAGGGAGGACUAAGCAAAGAACACAGGGCUCAGGAUACGUCUUCUCUGAGCUCCAGUCACCGUUCUUUCCUUGACAUUAAAGCUGGAAUCAGUGCUAUAAGUGAAAGAACCGUUAGUGCUCUGCUGACCGCAAGAGGCUCACGCACCAGGUCGUCUGCAGUUCUGCCCUCCUUUGAGCACACCACCCCCACCCCUCCAUCCUCUCUCAGUUUUGCACUUACAUCAGGACCCAGUCCCCGGAGGCUUAGGUCUCCUGGAGGGAUGUCUCUGUCAGACAAAAUUAGUGAAGAGGGAAGUGAAAGCUUCACAGGUGGACCAGUAUGCCUUAAAUCAAUCUCUCCCAUUUCUGAGGGAGAAAAGCCAAAGGGAUUAACUAUGGAAAGAGUGUUCCCCUCAACCUCAGUGUGAUGUAGCAAUGCUUUGCUGGGUUUUAAAGUCCAUGAAAUGUGUGCACUGUUAACUUGCUGAAACCACUGUGAUGAAACAUUAUACGGAAGAAAUCUAUUCAAAUAAACUGGAGAAAUGAUAGUGGGCUUUGCAGAUUAUGGUGCUACAACUCACUCAUGAGGAGUCAAUCACAUAUGCAAUGAACCAAAUAAAAUGCCCAUUAGAAGCUAAUAAAGGUACUGAUUUUAUAAAUACACAAAACUGGAUAACGUAUAAUGGCAAAUAUACUUUUAAUGAACAGUGAGGCAAUGAAACUAACAGAACAACAAGCUGCAAUCUCAAAACUGGAACAGAAGAAGUGGAAUUAAUAAUGACCAACUUGUUGACAUCACCGUUAAAACUAAACAAAAACUAUCUUCUACUCUCCACAUGCUAAUAAAUCAUUUUAAUUAAAAAUGAAAUGGAUAUCCAAAGAGACUAACAAGGUAUUAAGUAUUACCUCCGUUAUGAUGAAGGAAGCCUUAUUCUUCAAUAAAUAUGACACAAACUAAAACCUGUUCUCAAAGCCAUUGAAAGACAAGGAAGCCAAAAAGCGCUGUGGUAACAUUACAAAGACAAUGACAUCCUUCAGAGCCUUGGGAAUCUCUGUUAGACUGUCUCUGUGACAGCCAAUACAGAUAAUAAAAUAUCAAAGAAAAGCAUCAGUCAGCAAACAUUUAUACAUCUGCUAUCAACUGACGCCAGAGAUAAAUAGUAUAUAGAAGGCCAGACAUGUGCAAGAUACAUGUUAGAAUUUUAUACCCACCUGCUGGAAUAUAAGUGUAACUGAUUUUCAUAACAGCACAACUGGCAGUGUAAUCAGCAAUAAGCAAACUAUACCUAGGAACAGCAGCUUUAUAACCCAUGUAUUUAACAAUUAUAUUAUAUGUUAUUAAUACUCUUGCUCUAAUUACUUAGAGUUAGUAUAAUCACACAGAUGUAUUUUCUGUGUUUUAAUAUGGUAAUGAUUUUUACGUACAGGUAGAAGCCAUACAAUUACUGUAACACUAUAUAUAUAUAUAUAUAUAUAUAUAUAUAUAUAAUUUCACCUGGAACUUGUACGUUUAACAUUAUAUUUUAGUACCCAUUAAUAGAAAUACAUUUAGUUUACAAAGCACUAUGCAAAUAAAAACACACUUUAAAGGUUAUAUUCUUUGUAUAACCAAAAUAAAACAGGAAAUUUAAAUACAAGAAACUGGAAAAGGAUGAAACAUACAGAAACGGUUGAAUGAAAACGAUUAUGUUUAGAGAGAAUGAUCAUAGUGUAUUUGCCUAUGUCAGAGAGACAGUAUAGAAAUUACAUAGCUAGAAGGGUCACGUUACUUUUAUGAAUGAUGCAUUAUGGGUAAAACAAAAUCCAUGGUUUAUGAGAGUCAUGUGACUUUACAAAAUUAUUAACCUGCAUGAUUAAAGGAGCAGGUAAAUUACUGAAGUACUUGCAUGAUGUGCUUAUUUCAACUGGCAUUAUCUAUGGCUCACUUCAUACCCUUUUGGUACAAAAACGUAUCCCUUCCCAAAUCAAUUUGCACUAUUGUUAUUUUCAUUCUUCAAGUAUAUUAUGUGAAGAAUAAAUGAAACCAAUAUAAUAAAAAGGAGUGUUACUGAGCCUCCUGUAAAACAGAGGCCUAUUGUAUAUAAAUGUCCUUUCUGUCACGGUACAUUACCAGUUAUUUGUAUUAUUGUUUUUUAAUACCUUGUGUGUAUUAAUUGAUAAAGUAUUUCUGCCCUAACAAAACGUUGUUUAUUAGGUUAUGGGACAAUUGGCAUCUGCACUAGCGAUAUGAGGCUAUUACAAAAUGGUACAAAACAAAAAGCCUCUUCUCAUCUCACAAAGAUAUUAGAACCUCAUUAUUCAAAGGACAAGAUUACAAUUGUAACAGUAAAAAAAACACUUCAGAUUACUAUUUUUUAAUAUAAAGGAUGUAUAGUAAAAAGAAUGUAAAAUUGUGUUGUAAAGCAUUUUGCAGCAAAUUCAAGGACAUUCCAGUCCAUUAGAAAACAAUGUUAACUUUUUUGCACAAACCCAGCUCUCUUUUAAUAAACUUAAUUGUUUCCUGGUUUGAUAACAAUUACAAAUAUAGCUAUCAUCACAGCUUUUAUAACAGACUGGAAUAAAUCUUAAAGGGACAUAAAACCCAAAAAUUUUCUUUCAUAAUUCAGAUAGAACAUAUCAUUAAAAGCAACUUUCCAUUUUGCUUCUAGUAUCAAUUUUUCUUUGUUUUCUUGUUCUUUGUUGAAAAGCAAGAACAUAAGUUCAGGAGCGUACACGUGUCUGCAGCAUUAUAUGGCAGCAGUUUUGCAACAAUGCUAUACAUUAGCAAGACCACUAGAUGGCAGCACUAUUUCCUGUUGUGUGGACCUUCAGAAAUGUGCACACUACCUAUCUAGAUAUCUCUUCAACAAAGAAUAACAUGAGAAUGAAGCAAAUUUGAUCAUAGAAAUUAAUUGAAAAGUGUUUUAAAUUGUAUUAUCUAUCUGAUAAAUGAAAGAAAACAUUUGGGCUUCAUGUUCCUUUAAGUCUGUGGUUGCUCAAUAUCAAGGUGCAUACUUUGUUUAGGCCAAUAUAUAUGUACAGUAUUUUAUAAUGCCAUUAAAUGCUCUAAUCACAGUCUUUUAUAACAUAUUUUAUGGUAAUAGUGUUAAAAUUAUGUUUGGAAAAUAUAAAUGUCCCCUACAUAGUUUUACUUAGCAGCUAGCUGAGCUAGUAUGGGCAUAACUGUCAAUAAAUAAAUCCCAACCAAAACUAAAAAGAA